GUGGUUUAUCACACACACACACUCAGAGGGAGUGAAUGUUGCUCAUAGGGAUUUAUUUAGCAAAGCAUGCAUUUGAAAUUAUCCAACCGGAGAGCAGAGGCAGCCUGGACAACCCCGGCGGAACGCUUUGACCCCGGCUCCAGGACCAGGUCUGCGCCUGAGCGCAACAACAGCGCUAUUGUGGAUCCGGAGAGGAGGCUGCUGCUGCUGCUGGUCCCCCCCUUCUGCGCUUCCACUAACGGACCUCCUGCUCCACGGAACAAACUAUGUGGAACCAAUUACCCGACCAGCAUCUGCUUCAUAGUGGUGAAUGAGUUCUGUGAACGCUUCUCCUACUAUGGCAUGAAAGCGGUGCUGACGCUGUAUUUCCUCAGCUACCUGAAGUGGGACAAGGACCUCUCCACCGCCAUCUAUCAUGCCUUCAGCGGCCUCUGCUACUUCACUCCCAUCUUGGGAGCCGUCAUCGCCGACUCCUGGCUCGGGAAAUUCAAGACCAUCAUCUACCUGUCCAUCGUCUACGUGAUUGGCCAUGUGAUCAAGUCUGUGGGAGCCAUUCCCACUGUGGGAAACACUGACGCACACAUCGCCCUGUCCAUGGUGGGCCUGAUCCUCAUCGCUUUGGGCACCGGAGGAAUCAAACCCUGCGUGGCGGCGUUUGGAGGAGAUCAAUUCGAGGAGGAACACUUAAAGGAAAGACAGAAAUUCUUCUCAAUCUUCUAUAUGUCCAUCAACGCUGGGAGCGUUUUGUCCACCCUCAUAACGCCCAUCCUCAGAGGUGAUGUGCAGUGUUUUGGGGACGACUGCUAUGCCCUGGCCUUUGGAGUUCCCGCAGCUUUGAUGGUCGUGGCCCUAGCUGUGUUCAUAUUUGGCAGCGGUAUGUACAAGAAGACCCCGCCCCAGGGAAACGUCCUCGGGGAUGUCUGCAAAUGCAUUGGUUUCGCCAUCAAAAACCGCUGGAAGAACUCGAAACACGAUCUCAAGAGGACGCACUGGCUGGACUGGGCCGAAGACAAGUACCCGAAGCGUCUGAUUCAGGAGAUUAAGAUGGUUCUGCGGGUUCUGGUGCUCUACAUCCCCCUGCCGAUGUUCUGGGCUCUGUUUGAUCAGCAGGGUUCCCGCUGGACUCUGCAAGCGACACGGAUGAACAUGGCUUUUGGAGAAUCCUUCACAGUUAAGCCCGACCAGAUGCAGAUGCUGAACGCGCUGCUGAUUCUCAUCUUUGUGCCCAUCUUUGACCUCAUCAUAUAUCCGCUGGUUGGCCUCUGCAGGAUCAACAUCACGCCUCUGAGGAAAAUGGCCGCCGGAAUGAUCUUUGCGGCACUCGCCUUCGGGGCCGCCACCCUGGUGGAGGUCAAUGUCGUGAAAACUGUGGUGGAGCCUGCGCCCGCCGGGCAGUGCCUGCUGCAGGUUUUUAACCUGGCGGAGGGAGACGUCAGCGUGAGGGUCGCUGGCAGUGACCUGUUUCAGGACCCCAUCCCGAAACUUCAGGACCCCCCUGCAUAUGAAAGCCUCCCCCUGGGGGCUCCCAGCAAGGACCUGAGUGUCAAUGUCACAUUGACAGGAAACACGUAUCAUUGCAGUCAGGCAUUUGAAGAACGAAAGGCUUACAGCCUCAUCAUAUACAGAGAAAAUACGGGUGUUAAGUGCAAACUGGUGGAAGACUACAUAAAGAAAAAUGAAGAUGGGAACCCUAAUGUGCGCUUCCUCAACACGCGACCAGAAGCCGUAAACAUAACCGUGGGAGAAACUGGGUUCUAUGUGCCCCCCGACCACAGCAUGUCUCCAAACAAGAGCGUGAACCGGGGAUACUACCCGGCUGUCGGCUGCAGCCACCAGCUAUCGAGCUGCGAUGACCUCAACCUGGGCCUGCUGGACUUUGGAGCUUCUUACACUUUCAUCCUCAUGGAGGAAGCUGGUAAAACUGUGGCUAAAGCGAUGGAGGACGUGACGGCCAACAACGUGCACAUCGCCUGGCAGAUCCCGCAGUACGUCCUCAUCACAGCAGGAGAGGUCAUGUUCUCCAUCACGGGCUUGGAGUUCUCCUAUUCACAGGCUCCAAACAACAUGAAGUCUGUGCUGCAGGCCGGCUGGCUGCUCACCGUCGCAUUUGGGAACGUGAUCGUGCUGAUUGUGGCCGAGGGGGCGGGGCUGGAACAGUGGAUAGAGUUCCUGCUGUUUGGAGGCCUCCUGCUGGCCGUCUGCAUCAUCUUCUCCAUCAUGGCCUGCUUCUACACCUACGUUGACCCCGAGGAGCUGAAAAAGAUGUACUCCGAUGACUAUGGGAAGGAGGAGGACGAUGGCGACAUGAAGAAGAAAAAUCCCGACGUACCACUGAACAAAGUAGAGAGAAAGAGCACCAGACUGUAAUUUUAAUUAAUUUUACCAUUUUUCCCCAGGUAUUACUGUGUUAUUAGGCACUUCUAUUGGUGAAGAGGUCCAGUAUUUGCGGUAUUGAUAAAAUAUUGUCUGUGAAAUGUUUCAACAGCCUGCUCAUGGCAGGGUUUGUAAUCACACAGGAAGCACUGGAACCAGUUCAAGGCUCUGUCAUAAUGUUUACCAGACCCACUGAUUUUUCCUCUGAUGAUCAACGGUACUCUUGGCCAGGUCUGUGGUCUGCGUGUGUUUGCUGCACAUGAACGCUGUGAAGCUGUCGGGAUUACUAAGCUGCACAGUGAGAUUCAUGUUUGUCUUUAGCAGAAAACAGAAACAACGUGGUUUACACUCGGUCCAUAAAACAGCACAAACUGUAAAGCCAAAAGGUUUACACUGAUAGAUCUAAUUUUUAAGCUAAAUUAGUUUAAUUAAGCUGGACUAUCGUGUGUUUGUGUAUGUGUGGGAAGAUGUGAUGACAUUUACUGUCUUAUUAAAAGGACAGAUAAGCAGGUGCAGGUCCUUCAGUCCAUGCUGACUCACUGUCUUGAUUUACAGAGGCGCCGUAGUUCUGCCAUUAAUAUUAACACAAUAGAGUAACACGCUUCUGCUCCUAUUACGUCGUAAUCUAGGUGUCGUGCCAAAACCAAAGCUGUAGACUUAAUCCGCCACCGUGCCGUUUCUUUUUGCAUUCAAGCAGGGUGGAAAUCAUGCUGCUCCUCGUAAACUUCUGUAAAUAAAUAUCUGAUGGUGAAACAG